UUUACCGAUCCGAAAGAUAACCUCAAAUUUUGAGUUUUUGACCCGUAGAGAUCAUGUUACGUUGUGUUAAACGUUUCAGUCGUGUUUUCAGGCAAUGAAAAGUGAUAUUAAGACGUGUUUCAGUAGUUAUUUGAGUUAGUUAUUGUGUACCUUGAUUUGUGUGAGUGUGUAUUGAAUUUGGGGAGGAUCUCACGACUCUGUGUUGUUUGGUCUCAUGUCUUGGAUUAAGGGAUGUGUCAGUUACAUAGUGAAGUCGUGGUAAAUUUAUGAUAGUGUUGUGGUUGUAACAAAAGUGGGGGCGAGGUCGAUAGUCGAACGAAAUGAGCCAAAUGGCCACAGAUGACAGCAUGAGCGAUGACGUGUUCGAGGACGAGACCCUGAAGGCGCCCGCGCAGAGGGGCACCCCCUCCCCGACCGGCUACAGGGACUACAAGCCCCCAGUCGAGACCCCGGCGAAGACUUACGUUGAAGAUGAUGUUCCUAUACAUAAGACUAUACUCCUGGGUGAUAGCGGCGUUGGGAAAACUUCCCUCCUGGUGCAGUUUGAAACAGGGAAGUUUCAAUCCGGGAACUUCUCUGCCACAGUCGGGAUCGGAUUCACGAAUAAGGUGGUCACAGUAGACGGCAUCAAGGUGAAACUACAAAUAUGGGACACAGCAGGUCAAGAGCGCUUUCGCAGCGUCACACACGCAUACUACAGAGAUGCUCAUGCUCUGCUCUUGCUGUACGACGUAACAAAUAAGACGAGCUUCGACAAUAUCCGCGCCUGGCUUGGGGAGAUCCGGGAAUACGCCCAAGAUGAUGUUGUCAUCAUGCUAUUAGGUAACAAAUCCGACAGCGGCCUGGAGCGGGCGGUGAGGCGGGAGGAGGGGCAGCGCUUGGCGAGAGAAUACCAAGUCGCAUUUAUGGAGACAUCAGCCAAAACCGGACUGAACGUUGAAGCGGCCUUCGCCCAUGUGGCACGCUCUCUAGUCGCGAAAGCGAACCCCAUCGACCCAGCCAGGUUGGCGGUGCGCGCGCAGCCCACUCAAGAGCAGCGGUCGACGUGUACAACGUGCUCAUAAUUUUAAGUAGUGCGAAAUUCAAAUUGAGAAUAUGGCAUUCGAUCGCUGUUUUAUCUGUGGACCAAGAGCCGUUUGGACACAGCACCAUCUGUGCUUUGUUUUGAAUGAAAAGGACAGCAGAGGUUAUUUAGAUAGCGUCCUCGGUAGUCGAUGUAGAGGACUGUAUUUAAUUAUGCUGGACACCGUAGAAAUCUGAAUAAUAUAAGAAGAAACAUAGAAAUUUCAUAUUAUAUUGUACUUGAAAAUGAUGUGGCGUCAUCUCGAAUCGCACGCAGUUUCCAGUGCAGUAAUGCAGUUGUAAUCUUCAACAGUACUUAUCACUUCUAUAUGCUUAUUAUUAUUCCGAAUUCUAUUCCGAAUCUACUUAUAAAGGUGACACCAAAUUUCUGUACAUAGCUGUGCUGACCUUAAUGUUAUAUUUCAUUUAAACUAUUUAAAUAGCGUACCCACCCUUUCCUUUAUACUUAUCACUUUGUAAAAAAUAUUUUGUAGUAAACUGACUGAAUGUCGGUAGGUUCUUUUUUCUGAAAAAAAUUGGAUAAUAUCUAUGUAUAUCUUAAGAUAAACUACAUAUUUAGGGUUUAGAAACGGUCGGUGCAACCCAUCCGGUCUAAACGGCAGUAAAAACGUUGUGGCAAUUCCCGUUUGCAUACAAAUGCAACGCGAAAGUAUAAAAGUAUUACUGCAUAGGUAUUUAGGGAUUGCAAAUAAAGAUCUUAAAAUGAUAUAAAUUAUUUGAACAUGAUUCAUUGAGUACUUAAUCGAAUAACCAUUUCGUAUUUUUUUCAAGUAGGUAAAUUAAUUAAUGUUGUAUAGAUACAUCUAUAUAUUUAUGAAAGACAGGCAAUAUAAUUAUGUAAUAAAUUAUAGGCGUUAUAUUUUACUUCCAUAGUAAUUUGGAAAGGAACUCAAAAACUACUGGACAGAUUGAAAUGAAUUAUUUAUGACACAGUUCCACGUGAGCAAAGCCCAAGGUAAAAGUGUAGUCUAAUCUAAGAAUCUAAUUUAUGCAAGUCCUAUUCUGAAUGUACUGACCUGAACCACCUUAAUCAUAGUUAAAUUCUGAAUAAAUGUAUGUAUUACUAUUAUAAUCAAUAGUAGAUAGGUAUAAUCAUACACACAUAAGGUACAAGUAAAAUAUUUUAUCAAAAGUCAUGUUAAGACACGGAAUAAGUUGCAAUACACGCACACUACUUGCAUACUGUAGGACAAAGAUAUUAAAAUAUACUGUCUCUAAGAUACAAAAAGUAGGUACUAAUGUAGAAGAACUAAGAAAAGCAAGUUGUGUAACGUAAACCCAAAAUACGGCGCCAUUGUUUGCGACCUUUACCUGAUUGGUCGAUUUCUGCACAUCUUCGCAUGAGACUAGAUUUACAUAGGAAAGAGAACACACUUCACCUACGACCUGCCAGAAACCUUAUACAUAACUAUGUCCAUUUUACAAAUUUUUAUCUAGUUUCACCUGUCCCGAUUCAUGGAUCCUGAAUUUUUAUUCUGCAGUUCUAUACAUCUCAUACACUGAUCUAAUACUAUGUGCUUUUUUCAAUUUUAUUUGUUUGUAUAUUUUUACAUUUAUCUUGAACUACGUGACCAAAAUAUCUACCCUAAAUCAAAAUUAAGUAGGUAAGUAGGUAUAUACUUAUUACAAUUUAUCGUGUCAUCAAUGAAGUAUAGGUUAAGUAAAAUGUUUAAACUGCUAUGGAAACAAUAAAAUAGUAAAAAAAUGUCGCAAAUAUUUAUUUAUAAUAAUUGUAUUAGGUAUACCUAAGUACUUA